UUGAGAACUACUGCUAUAAUUAUCCAAAGGAGAAACGAAAAAAAAAAAAGAAAAAACAAAAUGACCAUAUUGAUCCAUCAAAUAAAAUCUCAACUCAUUCUUAUCCACAGUCUAUACUGAUUGAAACUUGAGGUUGAAAUAUUUUCUGUCAGAAUAGAAAGUUGAAAUCUUUGCUGCUGACCCAAACUCAAUAGCAAUGGCGGCUGUUGAAGCAGUAGCAGCACUCUCCUGGUCACGUUGCCCUUCUUCUUCCUCUAAGCCCUUCCUAUGUCCCAAAAUCGCAAUACUCUCUUCCUUAACUUUCCACAUUUCCAAGUCUACCCCUGUGCUUUUCCAUAAUUUCUCCACCUCUCCACGAAUCAGCACCCAAAGGAGGCUAGGUUUGCUACUCUGUUCUACAGUGCAAGAAGUGGGCGUCGAAGCUGAAACAGAGAAAACCCAGAAACCCAAUGUGAAAAGAAAGCUUUUUGUGCUUAAUUUGCCGUGGUCUUUUACGGUUGCUGAUAUCAAGGACCUCUUUGGCCAAUGUGGAAACGUUAAAGACGUUGAGAUUAUAAAGCAAAAAGAUGGGAGAAGCAGGAACUUCGCAUUUGUGACAAUGGCUUCUGGUGAAGAAGCUCAGGCUGCUGUCGAUAAACUCGAUUCUCAUGAAGUGUCAGGGAGAAUAAUUAGGGUAGAGUUUGCGAAGAGAUUCAAUAAACCUUCACCACCUUCUCCACAGCCGAUUGUUCCUUACCGUGAGACACGCCAUAAGCUUUAUGUGUCGAAUCUUGCUUGGAAAGUAAGGUCAAGUCAUAUCAGAGAAUUUUUCUCUGCCUUUAACCCAGUUUCAGCUAAGGUUGUUUUUAGUACUCCUUCAGGACAGUCUGCCGGGUAUGGCUUUGUUUCCUUUGCCACAAAGGAGGAUGCUGAGGCCGCAGUUUCUACUCUAAAUGGGAAGGAAUUGAUGGAUCGGCCACUACGUUUAAAAUUCAGUGAAAGGAAAGAUGAUGACUCUGGAGGUAAAAAGAAAGAGGAAAAGGAGCCUGAUGGCCAAACUGAAGAGUCUUAGAUCUUCACAAAGUUCACUUGGACUUCAUCUUUCCAUCUUUUUCAGAUUAUUGUACAAAUGAGGCUUAAGUCAGAAAGUUUUGUCACCUGCCUAUAGAAGUGGUCUGUAAGUGUUUACAUUCUCUAUAUUUUUCCUUUUCUUUGUGUCUCAAUAAAAUUUUCAUAUAAUUUAUUAUGUAUUACAUGUAUUCAAUUGAUUUAGAUGGGAAUUAUGUUUUAUUGGAUAAUUGUUUAAAGAUAUUCCAUUUUAACA